CUAGCCGGAGAUGGACCGGCAACCCGGCAGUGUGGAGCCAGGCCCCAAGGGGGAAGCGAGCGCGGGCCGCGGGGUGGAGCCUUUCUCGAGGUUAUCGCGGGAACAGCGACCCCUUGAGGAUUGCGGCGGCGCAGCCCCGGGACGCGCUGGGAGCUCCGCCCGGCUCCUGUGGAGGAAGCGGCGAGGGAGAGCCGCAGGGUCUCGGCGCCUCUGCGUGCUUGCACUUAACCUCCGAGAACCCAGAGCGAACGCGAUGCACAUUUCUCUUUUUGUUUUAAAAGUAAAUAUAGGAAUUACAGCAUAGAAUUACAAUAUCUGGAAAUUUGAACUGACAGGUCCCAGUCACAGUAUGGCACCGCGCGACACACUUGGUCCCUGAGGCCUGGAUGCCGCACAGCGAACGUUUGCGGAAUAGGGUUGGAUUUACUGUCCCCCACCGAGCCGGUUGCUCAUUCAUUUAGCAUAACUGAAUACCUCCUGUGUGCCAGGCACUGAAUCGAGUGUCGGAGAUACCACGCUGAACAAGACAGUGUCCUGCCCUCAAGCUCCCGGUCGGUUACUUGACAACCUUCCAGGACCUCAACACUACGUGCCUACUGUGUGAAAGCAAAGUGCCAGGUGGAGGACACAAAGAUGGCGAGCGACACAGCAUACCCCUUAACAAUUAAGCGUGACUAAUUUUAAUAACAAAUGAGAAUAUGAUGUGACAUCCGUUCCAAAUCCUGUCAUUCCAAUUAACUUCUUAAGCAUGCUUCACGAUACAGCCUCUGCUUGAAAGGAAUUAAAACAGGUACAAGCAUGGAAGGAGACGUUGCUAUCAUAUUUCAAGAAUAAGAAAAUGCUCUCUCUGUUUUGUGUGGUUGUGCAGCAGGCAAUGAAAUGAGCUCACAUUCAGGCUUCCGUGUUUCACUGAAACCACAGUCACAGAUGCAAUAGAUGUGAAAAGACGAGUGCAGUAAAAGCAUUAUGAGGACAAGAAGAAAACGUAAAUAUUUGUGUUGUUUCAUUCUUUGUUGUGGCAGAAACAGCCCCCUCUCUAAGGUAACUCCAAUAUAAUGGAAUCUCCCAGCUUUGAAAUACUCCAUGUCUCUAAUUUUCCAGAAAUAUGGAAAAAUAAGUUUAUAAUAAAAAAAUCCUAUUUCUCAUUUA